AUGAAUAUUGAGUAUCUUUAAAAACUUUGGGAUUCCUUUAGCCAUAAAUACACAGCAGCUUAAAAGAACCCAUCUGUCUUUUGUUUCACACUUUUAAAUAUGUUACGUAUAGAAGAUUCAGAUUCGUAUAUAUUCUUUUAAAACUAUAUAGUAUUAUUGAUGCUGGAUGUGGAGGAGGACAUCUUCAUCAAUAUAUUAUAGAAAAAAAGAAACCAUAUGCUAGAUUUGUAGCUUUUGAUUUUUCCAAUCAAAUGGUUAAGAUUACAGCUGCCAGGAUGUAUAAGUAUCUCACUUAACAAUAAAAAGGCAGUAUUGAUUAAAUUACUUAAGAAGAAAUAGAUAAUGUCAAUUUAAGUAAUAUUUAUUUUUUUAAGAAGAUUCUGAAAUCUUUAAUUAAAUCAAUUAUUCCAUAUAAUAGGCAAAUAUAUAAGAAUUGAAUCAAUUUUAAGAUAAUACAUUUGAUACAUACAUAUCCAAUUUAGUUUUCCAUUUAAUACCCAAUCCUUAAUAAGCCAUGGCUGAAGCUUAUCGUAUACUUAAACCAGGAGGCAGAUUAGGUAUAACUGUUUGGGGAUCCAAAAAUAAUAGCAAAGCAUUAACCAUUUAUUAAGAAGCUUUAAUUAAAAGUGGAAUCCUUGAAUAACCCUAAGGACCUUCAAAAUUUUUGGAAAGUACUCAACCUAUCAUUGAAAUGGCCUAAUUAUAAGGAUUUACAAAUAUAUGUAAAUGUAAUUAAUUGAUAUUAGAUUGUUGGACAUAAUAAAAUCCAUUUGAUAAUUAUAAUUUAGAAGAUGUAGGCAAAUUUUCAAAUCCUGAAGUUUUGGAACUAUUGAAAAAUGCUCCUCAAGAAAAGGUGUAAUAAUUUGAGAACAUUGUUUAAGAGAUACUUAAUUAAGAGAAGCAAAAAUAUUAACCAUUGUUAUUAGAAUGUAUUUUAUUAGUAGCAACAAAAGCAUAAUGAU